AUGCAAAGCGGCUGUUCGUUUGAUGAGCACUACAGCAACUGUGGUUACAGCGUGGCCCUGGGGACCAACGGGUUCACCUGGGAGCAGAUUAACACGUGGGAGAAGCCGAUGCUGGACCCAGCGGUGCCCACAGGAUCCUUCAUGAUGGUGAACAGCUCGGGGAGGGCCUCUGGCCAGAAGGCCCACCUGCUCCUACCAACCCUCAAGGAGAAUGACACCCACUGCAUUGAUUUCCAUUACUACUUCUCCAGCCGAGACAGGUCCAGCCCGGGGGCCUUGAAUGUCUACGUGAAGGUGAACGGGGGACCCCAGGGGAACCCUGUCUGGAAUGUGUCCGGGGUCGUCACUGAGGGCUGGGUGAAGGCAGAGCUCGCCAUCAGCACCUUCUGGCCACAUUUCUACCAGGUGAUAUUUGAAUCCGUCUCUUUGAAGGGUCAUCCUGGCUACAUCGCUGUGGAUGAGGUCCGGGUCCUCGCCCAUCCGUGCAGAAAAGCACCUCACUUCCUGAGACUCCAAAAUGUCGAGGUGAACGUGGGACAGAAUGCCACAUUUCAGUGCAUUGCUGGUGGAAAGUGGUCUCAGCAUGACAAACUUUGGCUUCAGCAAUGGAACGGCAGGGACACAGCCCUCAUGGUCACGCGCGUGGUCAACCACAGGCGCUUCUCAGCCACAGUGAGCGUGGCCGACACUGCCCAGCGAAGCGUCAGCAAGUACCGCUGCGUGAUCCGCUCUGAUGGGGGCUCCGGGGUGUCCAACUACGCUGAGCUGAUCGUCAAAGAGCCUCCCACGCCCAUCGCCCCCCCAGAGCUGCUGGCCGUGGGUGCCACCUACCUGUGGAUCAAGCCGAAUGCCAACUCCAUCAUCGGGGACGGCCCCAUCAUCCUGAAGGAGGUGGAGUACCGCACCACCACCGGCACCUGGGCCGAGACCCACAUCGUCGACUCCCCCAACUACAAGCUGUGGCAUCUGGACCCGGAUGUGGAGUAUGAGAUCCGUGUACUCCUCACACGCCCAGGCGAGGGUGGCACGGGACCCCCAGGGCCUCCCCUCACCACCCGAACCAAGUGCGCAGACCCAGUGCAUGGCCCACAGAACGUGGAGAUUGUGGACAUCCGCGCCCGGCAGCUGACCCUGCAGUGGGAGCCCUUUGGCUACGCGGUGACACGUUGCCACAGCUACAACCUCACGGUGCAGUACCAGUACGUGUUCAACCAGCAGCAGUACGAGGCCGAGGAGGUCAUCCAGACCUCCUCCCACUACACCCUGCGGGGCCUGCGCCCCUUCAUGACCAUCCGGCUGCGGCUCCUGCUGUCCAACCCCGAGGGCCGGAUGGAGAGCGAGGAGCUGGUGGUGCAGACGGAGGAGGACGUUCCAGGAGCUGUUCCUCUAGAAUCUAUCCAAGGGGGUCCCUUCGAAGAGAAGAUCUACAUCCAGUGGAAACCUCCCAAUGAGACCAAUGGGGUCAUCACCCUCUAUGAGAUCAACUACAAGGCUGUUGGCUCUUUGGAUCCAAGUGCCGACCUCUCCAGCCAGAGAGGAAAAGUGUUCAAGCUCCGUAAUGAAACCCACCACCUCUUCGUGGGUCUGUACCCAGGGACCACCUACUCCUUCACCAUCAAGGCUAGCACCGCCAAGGGCUUUGGGCCGCCUGUCACCACACGCAUCGCCACCAAAAUCUCAGCACCUUCAAUGCCUGAGUACGACACUGACACUCCCCUGAACGAAACAGACACGACCAUCACAGUAAUGCUGAAGCCCGCUCAGUCCCGGGGAGCCCCGGUCAGUGUUUACCAGCUUGUUGUCAAGGAGGAGAGACUUCAGAAGUCACGAAGGGCAGCUGACAUCAUCGAGUGUUUCUCAGUGCCGGUGAGCUACCGGAACGCCUCCAACUUGGAUUCUCAGCACUAUUUUGCUGCUGAACUGAAGCCUGCCAACCUGCCUGUCACUCAGCCAUUUACAGUGGGUGACAACAAGACUUACAAUGGCUACUGGAACCCUCCUCUCUCCCCCCUGAAGAGCUACAGCAUCUAUUUCCAGGCACUCAGCAAAGCUAAUGGAGAGACCAAAAUCAACUGCGUCCGUCUGGCUACCAAAGCACCAAUGGGCAGCGCCCAGGUGACCCUGGGGACUCCACUCUGCCUCCUCACCACAGGCGCCUCCACCCAGAACUCUAACACUGUGGAGCCAGAGAAGCAGGUGGACAACACCGUGAAGAUGGCUGGGGUGAUCGCCGGCCUCCUCAUGUUCAUCAUCAUCCUCCUGGGUGUGAUGCUCACCAUCAAAAGGAGAAGAAAUGCUUAUUCCUACUCCUAUUACUUGAAGCUGGCCAAGAAGCAGAAGGAGACACAGAGCGGAGCCCAGAGAGAGAUGGGACCUGUGGCUUCGGCGGACAAACCCACCACCAAGCUCAGCGCCAACCGCAACGAGGAAGGCUUCUCGUCUUGCUCUCAGGACGUGAACGGAUUCACAGAUGGCAGCCGUGGGGAGCUGUCCCAGCCUACCCUCACCAUCCAGACCCAUCCCUACCGGACGUGCGACCCUGUGGAGAUGAGCUACCCCCGCGACCAGUUCCAGCCGGCCAUCAGGGUGGCUGACCUGCUGCAGCACAUCACCCAGAUGAAGAGAGGCCAGGGAUAUGGGUUCAAGGAGGAAUAUGAGGCUUUACCGGAGGGGCAGACAGCUUCAUGGGACACGGCCAAGGAGGAUGAAAACCGCAAUAAGAAUCGAUACGGGAACAUUAUAUCCUAUGACCAUUCACGAGUGAGGCUGCUGGUACUGGACGGAGACCCGCACUCUGACUACAUCAACGCCAACUACAUUGAUGGAUACCAUCGACCUCGGCACUACAUUGCAACUCAAGGUCCGAUGCAGGAGACGGUCAAGGACUUUUGGAGAAUGAUUUGGCAGGAGAAUUCAGCCAGCAUCGUCAUGGUCACCAACCUUGUGGAGGUGGGCAGGGUAAAGUGUGUGCGAUACUGGCCAGAUGACACUGAAGUCUACGGAGACAUUAAAGUCACCCUCAUUGAAACAGAGCCCCUCGCGGAAUAUAUCAUACGGACCUUCACUGUCCAGAAGAAAGGCUACCACGAGAUCCGAGAGCUCCGUCUCUUCCACUUCACCAGCUGGCCUGACCAUGGUGUCCCCUGCUAUGCCACUGGUCUCCUGGGCUUUGUCCGGCAGGUCAAGUUCCUCAACCCUCCUGAAGCUGGGCCCAUAGUGGUCCACUGCAGCGCUGGGGCUGGGAGGACUGGCUGCUUCAUCGCCAUUGACACCAUGCUUGACAUGGCCGAGAACGAAGGGGUGGUGGAUAUCUUCAAUUGUGUGCGUGAGCUCCGGGCCCAGAGGGUCAACUUGGUGCAGACAGAGGAGCAGUAUGUCUUUGUGCACGAUGCCAUCCUAGAAGCUUGUCUCUGCGGUAACACUGCCAUUCCUGUGUGCGAGUUCCGCUCCCUCUACUACAACAUCAGCAGGCUGGACCCCCAGACCAACUCUAGCCAAAUCAAAGAUGAGUUUCAGACCCUCAACAUCGUGACACCACGCGUCCGGCCUGAGGACUGCAGUAUUGGGCUCCUGCCCCGGAACCAUGACAAGAAUCGGAGCAUGGACGUUCUGCCUCUGGAUCGCUGCCUGCCCUUCCUCAUCUCGGUGGAUGGAGAAUCCAGCAACUACAUCAACGCAGCGCUGAUGGACAGUCACAAGCAGCCUGCCGCGUUCGUGGUCACCCAGCACCCUCUCCCCAACACGGUGGCAGACUUCUGGAGGUUGGUGUUCGACUAUAACUGUUCUUCCGUGGUCAUGCUGAAUGAGAUGGACACCGCCCAGCUCUGCAUGCAGUAUUGGCCUGAGAAGACCUCCGGGUGCUACGGGCCCAUUCAAGUGGAGUUCGUCUCUGCGGACAUUGACGAGGACAUCAUCCAUAGAAUAUUUCGCAUCUGUAACAUGGCUCGGCCACAGGAUGGGUACCGUAUAGUCCAGCACCUCCAGUACAUCGGCUGGCCAGCCUACCGGGACACACCGCCCUCCAAGCGCUCUCUGCUCAAAGUGGUCCGAAGACUGGAGAAGUGGCAGGAGCAGUAUGAUGGGAGAGAGGGACGCACCGUGGUCCACUGCCUAAACGGGGGCGGCCGCAGCGGAACUUUCUGCGCCAUCUGCAGCGUGUGUGAGAUGAUCCAGCAGCAGAAUAUCAUCGACGUGUUCCACAUCGUGAAAACACUGCGCAACAACAAAUCCAACAUGGUGGAGACCCUGGAACAGUAUAAAUUUGUAUACGAGGUGGCACUGGAAUAUUUAAGCUCCUUUUAG